AGUGUCCGGAGCGGCCGGGCGGGCAACUGUGGGCGAGAGGCCACGGCGUUGGUGGCGUGGUGGCUGGUUUUUCGCUUUGGCAUUCGGAAGGCCUCACCUGCUAGACCGAAAGGCCUUUCUUCCCUGCUUCCCGUCACGAUCGCCUCAGAGUCCCCGGCUCACCAUAUCUGCCUUGCCUUGUGUGCUGAGGGAACCUGAAGAGUGUGCAGUAAAAAUAAUUUGAAACUUUGAACUAGAUUGGAAGGAAUCAAACAAUGCAGACAUAAUUCAUCUCUUGAAAGAUUGUGCCCUAGUUCUUGAAAUGCUUUUUAUUUAGAAUAGUAAUAAAAAUGGAAGAAAAAAAAGUAAGGGAUGAUGAAAAUCCAGACCGAGAAAGCUCUUUGCAAUUUUCUGAACAGUUUAAUCAGCUGGAAUUGUUGGAAACCCAUGGACACCUGAUUCCCACUGGUACUCAGAGUCUCUGGGUAGGCUAUUCUGAUGAAGAUGAGGAGCAAGAGGAAAAAAGCGAAGAGUGGUAUCAAUUGCAAGAAAAAAAAAUGGAAAAAGAUCCAAGCAAAUUGCUUCUUUGGGCUGCUGAAAAAAAUCGGCUUGCUACAGUGCAGAGGCUGCUUUCUGAGAAGGCCACUGAAGUGAACACUAGGGAUGAAGAUGAGUAUACCCCUCUUCACCGAGCAGCCUACAGUGGACAUUUAGAUGUUGUUCGUGAGCUGGUGGCUCAGGGAGCAGAUGUGCAUGCAGUGACUGUGGAUGGAUGGACACCAUUGCACAGUGCUUGUAAGUGGAACAACACCAGGGUGGCCUCUUUCUUACUACAGCACGAUGCAGACAUCAAUGCCCAAACCAAAGGCCUCUUGACCCCUCUGCACCUUGCUGCUGGCAAUAAAGACAGCAGAGAAACCCUGGAGCUCCUCCUUAUGAAUCGAUACAUCAAACCAGGGCUGAAGAACAACUCACAAGAGACUGCUUCCGAUAUCGCCAGGAGGACAAGCAUCUACCACUACCUCUUUGAAAUCGUGGAAGGCUGUACAAACUCUUCACCUCCGUCUUAAUGACUCUAGUAAUUUUCUUACACUUCAAAGUACCAGUGCCUCCCAUGUGUGAGAUGUAAAAUAUUCCCAUAUUCAGAAAACAGAUGUCUCACUACAGAAAUUGUGUCCGCAUCACAGUUUUCUUCCAAGUGACCUGCCCAUCCUUGAUGUCAAAAUGUAUUUGAGAGGUAUUUAGAUGCAUCUGUGGUGAUUUCUGCAGUUGGUGAUUUUUAUCAGAAGUAAUUUUAACUGGACACGGGUAAUACAGAAACUAAGGAUAUUUUUUGGUGCUGAUCCAAGAGAAAAAUAUUUUUAAAUAUCCCAUACCGUGGGUCUUUGUUCAGUGUUUAGCAUACUGACUUGUAUUUUUAUAAGCUAACUCCAAAUUUUCAUGUUCAACAUACUGGUGCAGUUCAGCUGUCUUCUCGGCAUCUCCAGUUGCUUUUAUUCUAAACAAAAAAACACUGGCAAAUUAGUGACUUAAAUCUGAGUUUCAAAAAACAUAGUGGAACGUUUAGAUGUUUUGUUUUUUAAGAUGUAGACCAUGCUGAGGAAAGCAGUUAGGGAGAUGUUUAAUCCUUGAAUGUUUCACACUGCCUCCCCCACCACAUAUAAUCCUGUGGACAGUCCUACCUCACCCUGGUCAACCCAUGUGAUGCUUAUUGUUAUGGUAAGUCGGUGUCUCCACUUAGAUACACACAAAAUUGUUCCUUGGUCCAGAAGAUUAACACUGCCCUCCAAAGGGUUCACCUGUCUCUCCCUGCUGAAUUGGGCACUACUUCUCUAGAUUCAUGUGUUCACCACUACCCCCACAGCCCUUAUUUUCUACAAGCCAUGACAAAGGAAAAGGGACAAGGAAUUCUAACAGUGAGGAAUGAUUGUCAUAGGGGACCAGAACAUCAAGUGGUUCAGGCUUUCUUAAAAACAAAAACAAACAAACAAACAAAAAAACAAACAAACAAAAAAAAAAACCAUAGUAUGGAUAGUGACACAGAGCGCAAAUACAGAGUAUAAAUUUUUGACAAUGCAGAAGGCACCUUGCAUAUAACUUCACCAGAUCUAUGGCACAUUUGUUCAGACUGCAUUAACUCUUAUCCUCUUGGUGCCUGCUACAUAGAUUUUGAUGGACUCCUUAGCCCCUCUCUAUUACCUAGGGGUCUUCUUAGCAUGAGAAUUUGAAUCCUAGGAAAAGGACACUGAGGACACUCAUUCUCAACUUAGAAUCACCUAGGAGCUAUGCUCCUAUUAUGUCUGGAAGGGAGUUUCUAGAAAAGUUUUCACUGAAGAGAGGGUUCAUAUCUAGAUGUGGGUGGCACCAUCACAUGGGCUCACAUCCCAGAGUAAAUAAAAAGGAGAAAGCAAGCUA